AUGACGAUUAUUGCUUAUGAGCCUGUUGUCAAUGAGAAUGUGAGGGGGAAUGAAAAAUCGGAGGAUUUAAAGCUUGACGCCGAUUUUGUUGUCCCGGAGAGCAAUGCUUUCGGCCACAAUUUCAGGGACUAUGAAAAAGAGAGUGUCAGAAAAGCAGUCGUCCAGGAAUUCUAUAGACAGAAUCACAUUUACCAAACCUACGAAUUUGCAAAGAAGAAGAAAGAACAGUAUGAAAAACUUGACAAGGCCGAAAUGACCAUAUGGGAAUGCUGUGAACUCCUCAACGAAUAUGUGGACGAGAGUGACCCAGAUCUCGAUGAGCCCCAAAUCGAGCAUCUUCUCCAGAGCGCUGAGGCUAUCAGGAGAGAUUAUCCUGAUGAAGAUUGGCUGCAUCUCACUGCACUCAUUCAUGACCUGGGAAAAGUUCUCCUGCACCCAUCAUUCGGUGAGCAGCCUCAGUGGUCUGUUGUGGGUGACACGUUUCCGUUGGGAUGUGCUUUUGACCAGUCCGUUGUGCAUCACCAGUUUUUCAAGGACAACCCAGAUUCUGAAAACCCCGCAUUGAAAACCAAGCUGGGUAUCUACACUGAGAACUGUGGACUUGAGAAUAUCACUAUGUCCUGGGGCCAUGAUGAAUACAUGUACCUGGUGGCAAAGGGCAAUAAGACUACUCUUCCACCAGCUGCUCUCUUCAUCAUCAGGUUCCACUCCUUCUACGCAAUGCAUCGAUCAGGAGCGUACUCAUUCCUUAUGAAUGAUGAGGACAAGGAGAUGCUCAAUUGGCUGCAUGUGUUCAACAAGUAUGACCUGUACAGCAAGAGCAAGAUUAAGAUCAACCAGGAGGAAGUGAAGUCAUACUAUCUCUCCCUCAUCAAGAAGUACUUUCCAGAGAAGUUGAAGUGGUGA